AUGUCAAAACAAUAAAUAAAAAGACUAGACAGUGACAGCGAUCUUGAGGAACCAGAAUCACAAGUCUACAAACAAAUGAAACAAUUGCAGACUGUGAAGAGUAUCUCCCAAAUGAUCACUGAGAUCAUCCAGGAAGAAGAACUUGAUGAAGUGGAAGACAAACACAAAUACAUGAAGAAUUUGGUUGGACGCAAACUCAGUCAAUUAGACAGUCCAACUGAAUCUGUCAAAUCUGCACAUUCUUCUAAACCAUUCCAAAGUCCCAGGAAGACUCUUAAAAGAGACACCGUAUUUUUCGAAAAGUCUGACUUCGACAUUCUCAGUAUCCGAGAAUAUGAUUAUAUUGAAGUAUCCCUCUCCAUUUAAAACUAGAUUAAAAAAUGCGAACAAAGUGCUAUUCAUGAACAAAGUGAAAUUGAAGGCAGAGCUUCAGCAAAGAAGAUUGUCUCCCUACUCAAGAAACGCACAGAUUACAACCCUGAUCUCCAAAGUGAUUGGAAUGGAUUGGAAGAAGUUACCACCUAUUCAGCUGAUACUCAAGAACCCAUUGUUGAUUACAGAUGUCACAUUGAACUACUGCCUAAAAUGGAAAAAGUGGAAAUCCAUGUCUCCGAUGGAGUCUAUGCAGUGCAAUAAGAUGGACAUUGGCUUACUAAGAUGCAUUCCAUCAAGGAGUUCAUUAAGGAUCUCCUUACCUUCGUUGAAAUAGCCAAUGACAAGAUGAUUUCCGGUUGGUGUUAUUCGCGCAAUACGUAUUUGGAGUAGAAAUUCAAAAUGCAUUGUCUGUUUAAUAGUGACAGAGAAAGUGAGGAUCAAAAGCGAAUAAAGAAUAGGGAUUUUUAUAGUGUGCUUAAAAUAGACACUCACGUUCAUCAUAGUCAAAGUAUGAAUGGCAAGUAAUUACUUGAAUUUAUGAAGAAGAAAUUCAGACAAUGUCCUGAAGAAGUUGUCUAUUUGGAUGAUGGUAAAGAAAUGACACUCAAAGACAUUUAAAAGAGAUUUAAAUUCAAAACUGAAGAAUUAAAUAUCGAUCUCUUGGAUGUUUAAGCAGAUAAAUCUCUCUACAAGAGAUUCGAUAGAUUUACUAGCAAGUACAGUCCACUUGGAUAGCCACUGUUAAGAAGCAUCUUUUUGAAGACUGAUAAUUAUAUCAAAGGUAAAAUAUAUUGCUGA